AUGUCAGAGUUGCGCUUCGAUAACCAGACCGUCGUCGUCACGGGUGCCGGCGGUGGUCUCGGUAAGGCAUACGCUACCUUCUUUGCCUCAAGAGGCGCCAACGUCGUGGUCAACGACCUCGGAGCCUCCCACAAAGGCGAGGGCAAUUCCUCAAAGGCUGCAGAUGUUGUUGUAGACGAGAUUCGAGCAGCGGGCGGCAAGGCCGUUGCCAACUACGACAGCGUGGAGAACGGUGAGGCCAUCAUUGACACUGCCAUCAAGGCUUUCGGCCGUGUGGACAUCCUUAUCAACAACGCUGGUAUCCUGCGCGAUGUCAGCUUCAAGAACAUGAAGGAUCAGGACUGGGAGCUGAUCUACAAGGUUCACACCUACGGUGCAUACAAGUGCGCGAGAGCCGCCUGGCCUCAUUUCAGGAAACAGAAGUAUGGUCGUAUCAUCAACACCGCUUCUGCAGCAGGAUUGUUCGGUAACUUCGGCCAGACCAACUACUCAGCGGCCAAACUCGGCCAGGUCGGUUUCACUGAGACGCUGGCAAAGGAAGGUGCCAAGUAUAACAUUAUCGCUAACGUCAUUGCACCCAUCGCUGCAAGCCGUAUGACGGCCACUAUCCUCCCACCUGACGUUCUGGAGAACCUCAAGCCCGAAUGGGUUGUUCCCUUGGUUGCUGUUUUGGUGCACUCCUCAAACACCACGGAGACUGGAGGUAUCUACGAAGUUGGCGGUGGUCACGUCGCCAAGCUCCGCUGGGAGCGUUCAAAGGGUGCUCUGUUGAAGACCGAUGCGUCUCUGACGCCUGGUGCUAUCCUGAGCAAGUGGAACGAUGUCAACGACUUCUCCGAGCCCAGCUAUCCGACUGGUCCCGCUGACUUCAUGGGUCUGCUGGAGGAGGGCCAGAAGCUUCCCAGUGCUCCCAAGGGAGAAGAGCCUGACUUCAAGGGCAGAGUCGCCUUAGUUACUGGCGGUGGAAAUGGUCUUGGCCGUGCGUACUGUCUGCUUUUCGCCAAACUUGGAGCCGCUGUGGUCGUCAAUGACCUUAUCGACCCUGAGCCUGUUGUUCAGGAAAUCAAGAAGAUGGGUGGACAGGCCGUCGGCUCCAAAGCCUCCGUUGAAGAUGGCGAGGCUGUGAUCAAGCCAGCUAUCGACGCCUUCGGAAGAAUUGAUAUCCUUGUUAACAAUGCCGGUAUCCUGCGCGACAAGGCCUUCCACAACAUGGAUGACAAGCUGUGGGAUCCCGUGCUGAAUAUCCACCUGCACGGUACAUACAAGGUCACCAAGGCUGCCUGGCCCUAUUUCUUGAAGCAGAAGUAUGGUCGUGUUGUGAACACCACCAGCACUAGCGGUAUCUACGGCAACUUUGGCCAGUCCAACUACGCAGCAGCGAAGCUGGGUAUUCUCGGUUUCUCCCGCGCUCUGGCGCUGGAGGGAGCCAAGUACAACAUCAAGGUCAACACCAUCGCUCCUAACGCAGGUACCAACAUGACCCGGACGAUCCUGCCCGAGGAGGUUGUCCAGGCCUUCAAGCCCGACUAUGUCGCACCUUUGGUCGUACUCCUGUCCUCGGACAAGCUUGAGCCUGGCACGAAGGGUCUGUAUGAGUGCGGCAGCGGAUGGUUCGGCAGCACCAGGUGGCAGCGAUCUGGAGGACAUGGCUUCCCAGUCGACGUGAAGCUCACCCCCGAGGCUGUUCUCAAGGAAUGGAAGAACAUUGUCAACUUCGACGACGGCCGCGCCGACCACCCUGAGGAUGCCUCGGCGGGUUCAGAGAAGGUCAUGGCCAACAUGUCUAAUCGCGCGGGUGGAGACAGCGAGGAGUCCAAGGAGGACGGAAACUUCCUGCAGGCCAUCGAGAAGGCUAAGAAGCUCACCAGCGACGGCACUCCCUUCGACUACGUCGACCGCGAUAUCAUCCUCUACAACCUUAGCGUUGGUGCUAAGCGUACCGACCUUCCGUUGGUUUACGAGAACCACGAGAACUUCCAGGCCCUGCCCACCUAUGGAGUUAUCCCGUGGUUCAACACUGCCGUGCCCUGGAACAUGGAUGAUAUCAUCCCCAACUUCUCCCCCAUGAUGCUUCUCCAUGGCGAGCAAUACCUGGAGAUCCGCAAGUUCCCCAUCCCGACUGCCGCCAAGACGUUGACCUACCCCAAGCUCAUCGAUGUUGUCGACAAGGGUAAUGCCGCCAUCGUCGUCGCUGGCUACACGACCAAAGAUGCGAAGACUGGUGAAGAGUUGUUCUACAACGAGUCCACUAUCUUCAUCCGCGGCAGCGGUGGGUUUGGCGGCUCUAACAAGCUGACGGCUCCUCGACCAAAGGCUGCAACUACUGCGUACAAGCCCCCGCAGAGGGCGGCUGACGCUGUCGUUCAGGAGAAGACCUCUGAGGAUCAGGCUGCCCUCUACCGUCUCAACGGUGACCGCAACCCGCUUCACAUUGACCCUGAGUUCAGCAAGGUCGGAGGAUUCAAGACCCCCAUCUUGCACGGCCUCUGCUCUCUGGGCGUCUCUGGCAAGCAUGUCUUUGCCAAGUACGGCGCCUUCAAGAACUUGAAGGUCCGCUUCGCAGGUGUCGUCCUGCCCGGCCAGACGCUGAAGACGGAGAUGUGGAAGGAGGGCAACACUGUCAUCUUCCAGACCACUGUGGUUGAGACGGGCAAGCUGGCCAUUUCUGGUGCUGGUGCAGAGCUUCUCGAGGGAGCCAAGGCGAAAUUGUAA